GCGGGGAGAGCGCCAUGGAUCCCAAGGGCGGCGGCGGCGACGAGGAUGACUGCGUGGACUCGGGCGCCGAGACCGGCGGGUCUGACUACAGCCACAUGUCCUCUACCAGCAGUGAACUUUCUGUGGAAGAAGCACAGGACCCUUUCCUGGUUAGCAUCCAUAUCAUUGCAGACCCGGGAGAAUCCCAGCCCCUGCAGGAGGCCAUCGACAAGGUCUUGGCUUGGAUCCACCCAGACCUCCAGCUGUUCCGGGUCUCUGAGAGGAGGGCAUACCGGCGGAAGAGGAAGCCCCCCAAGGCCACGCAGCCGGCGCUGGCUGUGGUGCUCUUCCUGCAGGAGGAGUACGGGGAGGAGCAGAUCUUGCAGCUGCACCGCUCCCUGCAGCGGCCGCCCUGGCGCCACCACCACACGGAGCGCGUGCCUGGCAGGCUCCUGCCCUACCUGCCCUGCAGCCAGGACUUUUUCACGCUGGCCCCAGGGACCCCGCUGUGGGCCAUCCGGCCCGUGCACUAUGGCAAGGAAAUCGUGCGCUUCACCAUCUACUGUCGCCACGACAACUAUUCCGACAUCCUCAAGUUCUAUGAGCUGAUCCUCAGGCGAAGCCCCAGCCAGAGGAAAACAGACUUCUGCAUCUUCCCCAUUUUCUCCAACCUGGAUGUGGACAUCCAGUUCUCCCUGAAAAGACUGCCCAGUGACCAGACCCCCGUCCCCACCGACUCCUCGGUGCUGGAGUUCCGAGUCAAGGACAUCGGGGAGCUUGUUCCUCUCUUGCCCAACCCCUGCAGCCCCAUCAGUGAGGGACGCUGGCAGACGGAGGACCACGAUGGAAACAAGAUCCUUCUGCAGGCACAAAGGGUACACCAGAAGUUUCCUAAACCCAGCAGAGGGCACCACUGCUCAGGGAAGAAACCUCAUUCCAUGCCUUCUCCAGGUGCUGUCCUACUGAGCAACACUCCUGGCAGUGGCCAGCAGCCCCUGCACAACCGUCCAUAUUUGGGGCUCAGCCAGACGGGUCUGCCUACUGGGCAGCAGCAGGAAAUGACCAGACAAGCCAGCGCCCCUCCCAGCCUUCCCUGGUCUUUCCAGAGAAGCAAGUCCUUGUUUUGUUUGCCUACAGGAGAUCCCUCCUCAGCUGUACCACAGUGGUUUUCAAACACAGAUAGCCCAGGGCACAGGGCAUCAGAGUUGGGGCACAGCCACCCCCUCUCCAUCGAUGAUUUAGAGGGAGCCCAGGAAACAGAUGUAGACACAGGCCUGCGACUAUCUGCCUCAGACCUCUCUGUGGUCUCUGCGUAUUCUGCACCCAGUAGGUUCUGCAGCACCACGGAAGCGCCCCUCCCAACCGAAAGGUGCACCAGCCUCUCGUCAAAGCACAGGGAUUCCAGAGAAGGACCGCUGCCUGCUGGGAGCAGGGUGAGCACAGAGUCCUCCUGGGCGUCCCUCCCUUUCUUCACCAAAGGACCUUACAGCUCUUUGGCGACAACUGUUGCUGAUCCCCCAGCUUCCAGCGCCUCUUCACUGACAGAGACACCCCCAGAGCUCCCUUGUCAUUCUCCCAAGGCUGAGCAGACUGGCAGAGACAUCCCACCAGGCCCAGUGUUGUCUGGAUCUGGGGACAAUGACAUGGAAGAAUUCUACAUCUGAGCACUCUCUACUCCUACUUUUCAGACCUACAGGCUCAGGGCUCAUUGCCCCAUUGGGGCCUGAUGCUGCCAUGUCUUCAGCCCCGCUUCCCCAGGUCUGUCUGGAAUCUACUGUCUGUUUCACGGAGAUUGGUAGUGCAUCUGCCAUCCACCCAUUCUUACCUGAGAGGUGGUCUAUUUCUAGGGGCUCUGUGAGAAAAUACUGGCAUUUUUAUGCAAAUAAAUUUUCAACUAACUUAAGUCAUAAAAUAUAUUUUUUGAAUAUUCACUUCCAUUUGAAAUAUGGUUGAGUGUACUUCAUAUAAUUUUUUGAAAUGAAAAGAAAAACUGGGCAAUUUUUCACACUGAGAAGGAAAAAGCCAAAAUGUUGAAUGUGGAAGAGAUAUUAAGUGGCAUGUAUGAGAUUAAUGCACAACCACAGGCACAACGUGCACCUCACUGGGGUCCCCAGUGAUAUUUACAUGACCAGGGAACAGUGGCCUCAGAAUUUCCAAGUACUGCUUCUAGAGGGGAAGCCAGCUUGAUCCGACAGCUGCAGACUCAGCAGACCACAGUCAUACCUCACUUUGCAGCCAUGCAGCUUCUGGAAAUCUGGAUUUACCCAAAAGCGGUAAAUAAUGCUUCAUAAGGAUUUAGCAUGAGUAACAGACUCUUGGUCAGACUUCUGGACUUGCGUUCCCAAAACUACGUUUUUGUAUACCUUCAGCAACACAGUCAUCGUAACAAGUGAGGGUCUCCAGAAGACCCAUUCCACUACCUGUAUUUACCAGGAAAAAUGGUUUAUAGGAAUCACAGAUUAACAAGUAUUAGACAUCCUGUGUAGGUAGACUUAAAAGUCUUUGGUUUUACAAAUUGCAAUGUAAGAGCUGUAGACAGAGCUAUGUAAGUAGCCACACUCGAGACUGCUUUCUCCAGUAGACAUGCAUCGUCACACACCCUUUCUCAUUUUUAAACACACUGUCGUAUUUUAACUGGCAUUUCAAUUGCACAGUUUAGUAAACACUCCCUCUUCUUCAAGCUUUACAUGAAUUGCUCUUGUGGACACUGGUGUAUCGCUAGCUUCCAUGAGGGCCUAGGAGCCUUGACUUAAGGAGUUCUAACCCAGCCCUGGCUUCUCCUGCCUGUUGUCUUUUUCUGUCACAGCGUAAGUGGUGUUUAAAUCUCACCACUCUCCCACUGCAGCAAAGGUAUGUUUACAAUCCCUGCCUCAGCAAUGCCAAGCACUGGCAUCAGGGGCAGUGCCCAGCUGUUCCCUGGAUGCUACUUACCGUUGGAGGAGAAAACCAAGGAGUUACCUUGCUUGUUCCUCACUCUGGUGCUCUUUGCCUAAAUCACUCAUGGCCCAGUUUUUACUCCUCAGGAAGUGCCCAGACACAACCUCAGAAUCCUUUCCAACACAGCUUCCAAGUAACCAUCAGAUUUGAGCUGAAGCCUCCAGAUGCUGCCAGCCCUGUCAUGGUGACCUUACAUCCUGCCCCAUACAUCCCAGAUAUUCCAGGUCUCUGGAUAAUGAUAUUCUGAUUCCAUUUAAGUAAAUAGAAAAUGUGGUCUCUUAUAAACCUAGAGCGAGUAAGCAACUUUUACUGAAAAAGGCUAGGUAAUACAUAUUAUAGGUUCUACCAGCCAUACCGUCUGUGUCACAACUACUAAGCUCUAACAUUUCAGUGGGAAAGCAGUCAUGGGAGUUAUGUAAAUGAAUGGUUGUGGCUGAGUUCAAAUAAAACUUUAUUUACAAGAACAGAAAGAGGGCCAGAUUUGGCCCAAGGGUAAUAGUUUGCCAAGCUUUGUAAUAGACUGAGGUUGACUCAAGAUUCCAGUCAACAACAAAGGAUCUAAGUCAGCAGGCCAAGAUAAUGGGCUCCACAGUGACUGCAGGACCAUGGGGCUCAGAACAGUGAGGAGCUUCUUUCUGAACAGAGGACUCCUAGAAAGCCAUUAGGCUGCCCACACCUGACAGAUGUGACUCACAGUCAGGACAUGAUGAAAAGCAACAUGCUAAGAGAAAACUAAUAAAGAGGUGAUGAUGCAGUAUCCGAAGGACAGUGGUUAAACUCAUGAGUAUCACAAGCCAAUGAGACAUAAAUGAGGGGACUAACUGCCAAGCAACAGCCCUUCCUGUCUUCAUCCUUGAUCAGUGCCCUUAGCUUAGUGCACCCGCAUGCACCCCUAGGUUUGCUUUAGAACCUGACUGUAAUGCUCUCUGGUGGCACCCUUUUUCAGUGAUCCACCACCCUCCUGACCCCCGCCAAGUCCAGUCUAGUUUACCAAGCAGAAGGUCCCCAAAGGAUGUUAACAGAAAAUGCAAGAUGCCCCCAAAACACAGGGGAGAAGGAAAAGGAAGUUCCCUACAGACCACAUUCAGGUGCCCCCCCAUACGCCAUGCCAUGUGCUCUGUGAGGUGUGUCAGAGCGACACUAUUGACAAAACCCUGGCUUACUAGCUUCUGUUUCUGGCUAUCAUACACUGCAUUUUCCUCACCCUGGGGGUGGGGAGGAGGGGAGGGGUGAUCCUGACACCCAC